AUGCUUGACGGUGAUUUAGAAGGCGCCGCUUGCUCUAUAGAUUACGAGCAGAGAAGAAGAAGAACCACCGCUGCUUUGCUACUCCACAACUCUGUUAUCCCCGUCUUCCUCUGCCUUUUCCGAAACAGGGUUAGAAUGGAGACAGCAAAUAUCAGAGACGUGUUGACUUCGUUCAGUCCAUCGUUAGAUUUCCUUGCUAUCAGCUCCGGCGAUGGUCGAAUUAAGAUUUGGGACACAAUCAAGGGUCACGUGCAAACAGACUUUGCAAACAUUGUGUCAACAGAUGAAACAGACUUUUUUGCUAAACCAGAAGGUGGACACUUAUCAGUUGAUUACACUUGCAUGAAAUGGCUUUCCUUGGAGAAAAAGAAAAAAAGAAAGCUUCGAAAUUCUUUGCUAAUUUUAGGAACUGGAGGUGGUGAUGUUCUUGCCUUGGAUGUUUCUGCUGGCCAAUUGAAAUGGAGGGUUAGUGAUUGUCAUCCUGGGGGUGUCACUGCUGUUUCUUUUCCUACAAAUGGAUCAUGUGUGUAUACUGCUGGUGUUGAUGGGAUGAUAUGUGAACUUGAUUCCAUUACAGGAAACUUAUUGGCCAAGUUUAAAGCCUCCACAAAAGCUAUAUCUUCAAUGUCUGUUUCACCAGAUGGGAAGGUUUUAGCAACAGCAGCAGCUCAAUUAAAGAUCUUCAACUGUUCAGAUCGCAAAAAGAUGCAGAAAUUUUCUGGGCAUCCUGGGGCUGUUCGGUGUAUGACCUUCUCUGACGAGGGUAAAUACGUAAUUUCAUCCGCUUCUGGUGAGAAGUCAUCUUGCUGUGUUCUUGCAAUGGAUCAUCCUGCCAUUUUUAUAGACACCAAAUCCAUUGGUGUUGAGGGUCUAUCUGUACUUUCCAUUUCAGAAAUGGGUGUUUGUUAUCUCUGGAAUGGAAUCAACAUGGAGGAAUUACGCAAUUCCAUUCCCACAAAAGUAUCCAUGGAGGACAAUCUUUCCUUCAAAGGAUCAGUCCCUACAAUAUUCUCUGCAAAACUACAGAGCUUAUCAAAACCUGCAACUGGGAGUCUUUUUCUUGCACAUGGCUUAAUAAUAAAACCAUCUUUUGAGAAAAUUACAUUACAAUGUGGUUCAGAUGUGAAGCUUAAGAGUUCCCUUGAUGGAAUUCUAAUUCCGUUGACCCAAUCUCAAAAGUCAAAGAAAGGGGUGGAAAACAAGAACCAAAUUACAGCUUUAGAUCGUGCAAAUACUGAACAUGCAUUGCUUCCUGUUCUCAAUAUUUCUAAUGUUGUAAAUGGUGAAAGCAGAGAUAUGACUUCAAGUAAAGCUAAUAUGGAAAUGGAUCAAGUUACAAUGUGUCUUGAAGAUCAGUUGAGAACAGAAGGUAUUCUCAGUAGUGAUAAUGAUCUUACAUCUAAUAAAAUACAAUUAUCAAAGCUUUUGAAGGGUGUUAAUCUUGAAGAUAGUCUGCCACAAAAACAGAUGAUAGCAGCUGUUUCAUCUAUGGCACCUGAUGAUGCGUAUACAUUGUUGAAAGUAUUGUUGGACAUGUGGCAAUCAAGAUCGAUAGAUGGACAAUGCAUUCUUCCAUGGGUUUGCUGCUUAUUAAUUAAUCACAGUGACUAUAUCAAAUCUCAAGAACCCACAUCACAGCUACUGGAUUCAUUGUACAAGCUUACAAAGUCAAAAGGGGAGGUUAUUCAGUCAUUACUACAGUUAUCAGGACGCUUACAACUUUUUACAGCACAGAUUAAUAAGGCUGCUGAUAAAAGCCAAAUAUUGAAACAAGAGGAAGAAAGUGAAGAUGAAGAUGAAGAAGAAGAAGAAGAAUUACUUUAUGAUGAAGAAGAUGAAUCAUCUAGUGAUGGAGAUAAUAAUUAGGUCAGUUUUCAAUCAUAUUCCUCAUGUAGAAAUUAUAUUUUUUUGGAGGUAUAAUUUAGAAAAAUUUCCAUUAAAUUCUGUGUUAAGUAGUUAUGUUUGUUUGCGAAUUUGGUGUCUCAAAGUUUUCCUUCUUGUUUGGGACAUCAGUAACUUUUUCGUUUAUUAAUUAUUUAGUCUGUGGCCUAAGGGUAAAUUACUUUUUUGUAA